AUGGAGAGCAGAGGUAAAUUCAUCCGAAUUCAUUUUGGGGCGACAGGCAAGUUGGCAUCCGCUGAUAUCGAGACGUAUCUCUUAGAGAAGUCUCGGGUGAUUUUUCAGCUGAAAUCUGAGAGGAAUUACCACAUCUUCUAUCAGAUUUUGUCCAACAAGAAGCCGGAACUUCUGGAUCUCCUGUUGGUCACCAACAACCCUUACGACUACCACUAUGUCUCCCAAGGAGAAGUAACAGUGGCCUCCAUUGAUGACUCUGAAGAGCUAAUGGCUACCGAUAGUGCCUUUGACGUCCUGGGCUUCACCCCCGAGGAAAAAGUGGGUGUCUACAAGCUGACGGGGGCCAUCAUGCACUACGGGAACAUGAAGUUCAAGCAGAAGCAGCGAGAAGAACAGGCUGAGCCUGAUGGGACUGAAGAUGCUGAUAAAUCUGCUUAUUUGAUGGGUCUCAACUCGGCCGACUUAGUCAAGGGGCUGUGUCACCCCCGAGUGAAGGUCGGCAACGAAUACGUCACCAAAGGGCAAAAUGUCCAACAGGUGUAUUAUUCCAUCGGGGCCCUGGCCAAGUCCGUAUAUGAGAAAAUGUUCAGCUGGAUGGUCGUCAGAAUCAACAACUCUUUGGAGACCAAGCAACCUCGGCAGUAUUUCAUCGGUGUGCUGGACAUUGCCGGAUUUGAGAUUUUUGACUUCAACAGCUUCGAGCAGCUCUGCAUCAACUUCACCAACGAGAAGCUGCAGCAGUUCUUCAACCAUCACAUGUUUGUGCUGGAACAAGAGGAGUACAAGAAGGAGGGCAUCGAGUGGGUCUUCAUUGACUUCGGCAUGGACCUCCAGGCCUGCAUUGACCUCAUUGAGAAGCCUCUGGGCAUCAUGUCCAUCCUGGAAGAAGAAUGCAUGUUCCCCAAGGCCACCGACAUGACCUUCAAGGCCAAGCUCUACGACAACCACCUGGGCAAAUCGGCCAACUUCGGAAAAGCCCGCAACACCAAGGGCAAACCCGAGGCCCACUUUGCCCUGAACCACUACGCUGGCACCGUGGACUACAACAUCAACGGGUGGUUGGAGAAGAAUAAGGACCCUCUCAACGAAACAGUGGUGACCCUCUUCCAGAAGUCGGCCUUGAAGCUCCUGGCCACGCUGUUCUCCAGCUACGCUGGCAGUGAGGCGGGCGGAGACGGCGGGAAGGGCAAAGGAUCCAAGAAGAAAGGCUCCUCCUUCCAGACCGUCUCAGCACUUCACCGGGAGAACCUCAACAAGUUGAUGGCCAACCUCAAGACCACCCACCCUCAUUUCGUGCGGUGCCUCAUCCCCAACGAGCGAAAGGCCCCCGGUGUGAUGGACAACCCCUUGGUCAUGCACCAGUUACGUUGCAACGGCGUUCUGGAGGGAAUACGGAUCUGCCGGAAAGGAUUCCCCAACCGGAUCCUCUACGGGGAUUUCAGGCAAAGGUACCGGAUCCUAAACCCAGCGGCCAUUCCGGAGGGUCAGUUCAUCGACAGCCGGAAGGGGGCUGAGAAACUUCUAAGCUCGCUGGACAUCGACCACAACCAGUACAAAUUUGGACACACCAAGGUGAGGCGAGCAAAUCCCUUUUCCCAUAGCGUGAAUUCUGCGGGACGGAGGGAGAAAGGGGUUUUCUGAAAAGUUAUGGUGUGGUUCUCCUUGGUCCCUUCCACCAGGGACGCUUUGCUCAUUAUCCAGUACAACAUCCGAGCUUUUAUGGGGGUAAAAAACUGGCCUUGGAUGAAGCUGUUCUUCAAGAUCAAACCUCUGCUGAAGAGCGCGGAAACUGAGAAAGAAAUGCAGACGAUGAAAGAGGAAUUCGGGAGGUUGAAGGAAGCUCUGGAGAAGUCAGAAACCCGGAGAAAGGAGCUGGAGGAGAAAAUGGUUUCAUUGCUCCAGGAGAAGAACGACCUCCAGUUGCAAGUCCAAGCUGAACAAGACAAUCUGAACGACGCGGAGGAACGUUGCGACCAGCUGAUCAAGAACAAGAUCCAACUGGAGGCCAAGGUGAAAGAGAUGACCGAAAGGAUAGAAGAUGAAGAGGAGAUGAACGCCGAACUGACUGCCAAGAAGCGGAAGCUGGAAGAUGAAUGUUCGGAACUCAAGAAAGAUAUUGAUGACCUGGAGUUGACUUUGGCCAAGGUGGAGAAGGAGAAGCAUGCCACGGAGAACAAGGUGAAAAACCUGACCGAAGAAAUGGCCGGUCUGGAUGAGAUCAUCGCCAAACUGACCAAGGAGAAGAAAUCCCUCCAGGAGGCCCACCAACAAGCGUUGGAUGACUUCCAGGUUGAAGAAGACAAGGUCAACAGCCUGAGCAAAGCCAAGAUGAAGCUGGAACAACAAGUGGACGAUCUGGAAGGUUCUCUGGAACAGGAGAGGAAAAUCCGGAUGGAUCUCGAACGGUCCAAAAGAAAACUUGAAGGAGACUUUAAGUUGGCACAAGAGAACAUCAUGGACUUGGAGAACGACAAACAACAGCUGGAAGAGAAAAUUAAAAAGAAAGAGUUUGAUAUCAACCAGCAGAACAGCAAGAUUGAAGACGAACAAGCUCUGGCCUCACAGCUGCAGAAGAAACUCAAGGAGCUCCAGGCACGGAUCGAGGAGCUGGAAGAGGAGAUGGAGGCAGAACGCGCGGCUCGUGCCAAGGUGGAGAAACAGCGCUCGGACCUUUCACGAGAACUGGAAGAGAUCAGCGAGCGCCUGGAGGAGGCCGGAGGAGCCAACUCGGUGCAGAUCGAGCUGAAUAAGAAGCGGGAGGCCGAGUUCCAGAAGAUGCGACGCGACCUGGAAGAGGCCACGCUGCAGCACGAGGCCACGGCGGCCACCUUGCGCAAGAAGCACGCGGAUUCCGUGGCGGAGCUGGGCGAGCAGAUCGACAACCUGCAGCGGGUGAAGCAGAAGCUGGAGAAGGAGAAGAGCGAGCUGAAGCUAGAACUCGACGACGUGGCCUCCAAUAUGGAGCAGAUUCUGAAGGCCAAGGCAAAUUUGGAGAAGAUGUGCCGUACCAUCGAGGACCAGUCUACAGAUCACCGCGCCAAGUUGGAGGAGACUCAACGGACCCUGAAUGACACAAACACCCAGCGAGCGAAACUGCUCACUGAAAAUGGAGAACUCGCCCGACAGCUUGAAGAGAAAGAGGCCCUUGUUUCCCAGCUGACCCGUGGGAAACAAUCCUACACACAACAGAUGGAGGAUCUCAAGAGACAACUGGAAGAGGAGACCAAGGCCAAAAACGCUCUAGCGCAUGCUUUGCAGUCCUCCCGCCACGACUGCGACCUUCUGAGGGAACAGUAUGAGGAAGAGAUGGAGGCCAAAGCUGAGCUCCAGCGUGUCCUCUCCAAGGCCAACUCGGAGGUGGCCCAGUGGAGAACCAAGUAUGAAACGGAUGCCAUCCAGAGAACGGAGGAGCUGGAGGACGCCAAGAAGAAGCUGGCCCAGAGGCUGCAGGAGGCGGAGGAAGCCGUGGAGGCGGUGAACGCCAAGUGUUCGUCGCUGGAGAAGACCAAACACCGCCUGCAGAACGAGAUUGAAGAUCUGAUGGUGGAUGUGGAGCGCUCGAACGCGGCCGCAGCUGCCCUGGACAAGAAGCAAAGGAACUUCGAUAAGAUCCUCUCCGAAUGGAAGCAGAAGAACGAAGAAUCUCAGGCAGAACUAGAGGCGUCCCAGAAAGAGUCCCGUUCCCUCAGCACCGAGCUCUUCAAGCUAAAGAACGCCUAUGAGGAGUCCCUGGAACUCCUGGAGACCUUAAGAAGAGAGAACAAGAACUUGCAAGAGGAGAUUUCGGAUCUCACCGAACAGCUGAGCCAAGGGGCCAAAAGUAUGCAUGAGCUGGAAAAAGUGAGGAAGCAGCUGGAGUCUGAGAAAGUGGACUUACAGGCCGCUCUGGAGGAGGCAGAGGCCUCUCUGGAACACGAGGAAGGCAAGAUCCUCCGAGCUCAGCUGGAGUUCAACCAGAUCAAGGCCGAAAUAGAACGCAAGUUGACCGAGAAGGACGAGGAGAUGGAGCAGGCCAAGCGGAAUCACCUGAGGAUGGUGGAUUCACUCCAAGCUUCCCUGGAUGCCGAGACCCGCAGCCGCAAUGAGGCCUUGAGGAUCAAGAAGAAGAUGGAGGGCGACCUCAACGACAUGGAGAUCCAGCUCAGCCAAGCGAAUCGGGUGGCCGCUGAAGUUCAGAAGCACCUCAAGAUCGCUCAUGCCCACCUCAAGGACAAUCAGAUUCAGCUGGAUGAUGCCCUUCGAGCCAACGAGGACCUGAAGGAGAACAUCGCCAUCGUGGAACGGCGGAAUACACUGCUGCAGGCUGAGCUGGAAGAGCUACGCAGUGUAUUGGAGCAGACAGAACGUGGGCGGAAACUGGCAGAACAGGAACUGACGGAGGCCAGUGAGAGAGUCCAGCUCCUCCAUUCGCAGGAGGAGCAGGCGAACACCAACCUGGCCAAAUUCCGGAAGGUCCAGCAUGAGUUGGACGAAGCCGAGGAGAGGGCGGACAUUGCAGAGUCCCAAAUCAACAAGCUGAAGGCCAAAAGUCGUGACGUGGGAGGAAAGAAACUUCUCGAUGAAGAGUGA